GUACAUAUACAUCGAUUACAAAGAAAGAAAUGGAUAUUCCUUUCCUCUGCCCUUCAAAUUACAAUUAUACUUCACAAUUAGUCAAAUCUGCAUGUCAAAUUCGUGCUGCAAAUCUAGUUUUUAUGUGGGUAGUCG